CCGCUCCGCGCCUGCGCAGCAGAGGCGGCGGCUCGGGUUGCAGGCUCCCCGGACGCAGGCUCCUGUCAGCCCGUGGGUCGGUCCUCCCGCCGGCCCUCCCCUUCCCUGGUGGUGUCCGCCCCCAGGAUCCCCCGAUGGGGGAGCAGUGGCGACGGCGGCAGCGGACUAGCCGAGCGGGAGCGUGAGCGGCGCCGGGGCCCCCGUUCGCCGCCGCGGAGGCCAUGGGCGACCCAGCCCCCGCCCGCAGCCUGGACGACAUCGACCUGUCCGCCCUGCGGGACCCUGCUGGAAUCUUUGAGCUGGUGGAAGUGGUUGGCAAUGGAACCUAUGGACAGGUGUACAAGGGUCGGCACGUCAAGACGGGGCAGCUGGCUGCCAUCAAGGUCAUGGAUGUCACGGAGGAUGAGGAAGAAGAGAUCAAGCAGGAGAUCAACAUGUUGAAAAAAUACUCUCACCACCGCAACAUUGCCACCUACUAUGGAGCCUUCAUCAAGAAGAGCCCCCCGGGGAACGACGACCAGCUCUGGCUGGUAAUGGAGUUCUGUGGUGCUGGCUCCGUGACGGACCUGGUGAAGAAUACAAAGGGGAAUGCGCUGAAGGAGGACUGCAUCGCCUACAUCUGCAGGGAGAUUCUGCGGGGUCUGGCCCAUCUCCACGCCCACAAGGUGAUUCACCGAGACAUCAAGGGGCAGAACGUGCUGCUGACAGAGAAUGCCGAGGUCAAACUAGUGGAUUUUGGGGUGAGUGCUCAGCUGGACCGCACCGUGGGAAGGCGAAACACUUUCAUUGGGACCCCCUACUGGAUGGCCCCGGAGGUCAUCGCCUGUGACGAGAACCCCGAUGCCACCUAUGAUUACAGGAGUGACAUCUGGUCUCUAGGAAUCACAGCCAUUGAGAUGGCAGAGGGCGCCCCCCCUCUGUGUGACAUGCAUCCCAUGCGAGCCCUCUUCCUCAUCCCUCGGAACCCACCGCCCAGGCUCAAGUCCAAGAAAUGGUCCAAGAAGUUCAUCGACUUCAUUGACACAUGUCUCAUCAAGACUUACCUGAGCCGCCCACCAACAGAGCAGCUGCUAAAGUUCCCCUUCAUCCGCGACCAGCCCACAGAGCGGCAGGUCCGCAUCCAGCUCAAGGACCACAUCGACCGAUCUCGGAAGAAGCGAGGCGAGAAAGAGGAGACAGAAUAUGAGUACAGCGGCAGCGAAGAGGAAGAUGACAGCCAUGGAGAGGAAGGAGAACCAAGCUCCAUCAUGAACGUGCCCGGCGAGUCCACGCUACGCCGCGAGUUCCUCCGGCUCCAGCAGGAGAAUAAGAGCAACUCGGAGGCUUUAAAGCAGCAGCAGCAGCUGCAGCAGCAGCAGCAGCGAGACCCCGAGGCGCACAUCAAACACCUGCUGCACCAGCGGCAGCGCCGCAUCGAGGAGCAGAAGGAAGAGCGGCGGCGUGUGGAGGAGCAACAACGGCGGGAGCGGGAACAGCGGAAGAUGCAGGAGAAGGAACAGCAACGGCGUCUGGAGGACAUGCAGGCCCUGCGGCGGGAGGAGGAGAGGCGGCAAGCAGAGCGGGAGCAGGAAUAUAUUCGUCACAGGCUAGAGGAGGAGCAGCGACAGCUCGAGAUCCUUCAGCAACAGCUGCUCCAGGAACAGGCCCUACUGCUGGAAUACAAGCGGAAGCAGCUGGAGGAGCAGCGGCAGUCGGAGCGCCUGCAGAGGCAGCUGCAGCAGGAGCACGCCUACCUCAAGUCCCUGCAGCAGCAGCAGCAGCAGCAGCAGCUGCAAAAACAGCAGCAGCAACAGCAGCAGAUCCUUCCUGGGGACAGGAAGCCCCUGUACCAUUAUGGUCGGGGCAUUAACCCGGCCGACAAGCCAGCCUGGGCCCGAGAGGUAGAGGAGAGAACAAGGAUGAACAAGCAGCAGAACUCUCCCUUGGCCAAGACCAAGCCGAGCAGCGCAGGGCCUGAGCCCCCUGUUUCUCAGGCCUCCCCUGGGCCCCCAGGACCCCUUUCCCAAACCCCUCCUAUGCAGAGGCCGGUGGAGCCCCAGGAGGGACCGCACAAGAGCCUGGUGGCACACCGGGUCCCACUGAAGCCAUAUGCAGCGCCUGUACCCCGAUCCCAGUCCCUGCAGGACCAGCCCACCCGAAACCUGGCUGCCUUCCCAGCCUCUCAUGACCCUGACCCUGCCGCCCCCACACCCACUGCCACGCCCAGUGCCCGAGGAGCUGUCAUCCGCCAGAAUUCAGACCCUACCUCGGAAGCGCCUGGCCCCAGCCCGAACCCCCCAGCCUGGGUCCGGCAGGAUCAUGAGGCCCCACCCAAGGUGCCUCAGAGGACCUCAUCUAUUGCCACUGCCCUUAACGCCAGUGGGGCCGGAGGGGCGCGGCCAGCCCAGGCUGUCCGUGCCAGACCUCGCAGCAACUCCGCCUGGCAAAUCUAUCUGCAAAGGAGGGCGGAGCGGGGGAGCCCCAAGCCUCCAGGGCCCCCUGCUCAGCCCCCUGGCCCGCCCAACGCCUGUAGUAACCCCGACCUCAGAAGGAGCGACCCUGGCUGGGAGCGCUCGGACAGUGUCCUCCCCGCCUCUCACGGGCACCUUCCCCAGGCCGGCUCUCUGGAGCGGAACCGUGUGGGAGCCUCUUCCAAACUGGACAGCUCCCCAGUGCUGUCCCCUGGGAACAAAGCCAAGCCUGACGACCACCGCUCACGGCCAGGCCGGCCCGCAAGCUAUAAGCGAGCCAUUGGUGAGGACUUUGUGUUGCUGAAAGAGCGGACCCUGGACGAGGCCCCGCGGCCUCCCAAGAAGGCCAUGGACUACUCCUCGUCCAGUGAGGAGGCGGAGAGCAGUGAGGACGACGAGGAGGAGAGCAAUGGCGAGCCAUCAGAAGGGAGCAGAGACACCCCUGGGACCCGCAGCGAUGGGGACACAGACAGCGUCAGCACCAUGGUGGUCCAUGACGUGGAGGAGAACACCGGGACCCCGACCACCUAUGGGGGUGGCACCAUGGUGGUCCAGCGUACACCUGAAGAGGAGCGAAGCCUGCUGCAUGCCGACAGCAACGGUUACACCAACCUGCCCGACGUGGUCCAGCCCAGCCACUCGCCCACUGAAAACAGCAAAGGUCAAAGCCCCCCGAUGAAGGAUGGAGGCAGCGAUUACCAGUCUCGUGGGCUGGUGAAGGCCCCUGGCAAGAGCUCGUUCACGAUGUUUGUGGACCUGGGCAUCUACCAGUCCGGAGGCAGUGGGGACACCAUCCCCAUCACAGCCCUCGUGGGCGGAGAGGCCAGUCGGCUUGAUCAGCUGCAGUACGAUGUGCGGAAGGGCUCCGUGGUCAACGUGAACCCCACCAACACCCGGGCACACAGCGAGACCCCCGAGAUCCGCAAGUACAAGAAGCGAUUCAAUUCCGAGAUCCUCUGCGCGGCCCUCUGGGGCGUCAACCUGCUGGUGGGCACGGAGAACGGGCUGAUGCUGCUGGACCGCAGCGGGCAGGGCAAGGUGUACGGACUCAUUGGGCGGCGGCGCUUCCAGCAGAUGGAUGUGCUGGAAGGACUCAACUUGCUCAUCACCAUCUCAGGGAAAAGGAACAAACUGCGCGUGUAUUACCUGUCCUGGCUCCGGAACAAGAUUCUGCACAAUGACCCGGAAGUGGAGAAGAAGCAGGGCUGGACCACCGUGGGGGACAUGGAGGGCUGCGGGCACUACCGCGUGGUGAAAUACGAACGUAUUAAGUUCCUGGUCAUCGCCCUGAAGAAUUCCGUAGAGGUGUAUGCCUGGGCCCCCAAACCUUACCACAAAUUCAUGGCCUUCAAGUCCUUUGCUGACCUGCCUCACCGCCCUCUGCUGGUGGACCUGACGGUAGAGGAGGGCCAGCGGCUCAAAGUCAUCUAUGGCUCCAGCGCUGGCUUCCACGCCGUGGAUGUCGACUCGGGGAACAGCUAUGACAUCUACAUCCCUGUUCACGUAAGCUCGCCUGGACUGUGGGCAGAGGGGGGCCGCCAGCCUGGGCUGCAGACUCAGGGACUCCAGCCCUCCUCCCAGAUCCAGAGCCAGAUCACGCCCCACGCCAUCAUCUUCCUCCCCAACACCGACGGCAUGGAGAUGCUGCUGUGCUACGAGGACGAGGGCGUCUACGUCAACACGUACGGGCGGAUCAUCAAGGACGUGGUGUUGCAGUGGGGAGAGAUGCCCACUUCCGUGGCCUACAUCUGCUCCAACCAGAUAAUGGGCUGGGGCGAGAAAGCCAUCGAGAUCCGCUCCGUGGAGACGGGACACCUGGACGGGGUCUUCAUGCACAAACGAGCUCAGAGGCUCAAGUUCCUGUGUGAGCGGAAUGACAAGGUAUUUUUUGCCUCCGUCCGCUCUGGGGGCAGCAGCCAAGUUUACUUCAUGACUCUGAACCGCAACUGCAUCAUGAACUGGUGACAAGCCCUGGGCUGGAGCGCUCGCACGGGGACCCAGCUCUCCCCCCACAGCCAGACUUCCCAGGCCGCCCUGCUUCCCCCUCCUUGGGCUUUUGCUUUUACUGGUUUGAUUCACUGGAGCCUGCUGGGAACGUGACCUCUGACCCUUGAUGCUUUUGUGAUCACAUGACCACCUUCUUCCCCAACAUGUUCUCUUCCCCAAAACUGUGCCUGUCCCAUCUUCUGGAGAGAGGCACAGCUUCCCCUUAACAGGAAUUGAGUGGGCUUAGCCCCAUCCCCCCUUUUCUCCACUUAAGAGGAGAGUGCUUGGGGCUUGGACCCCGUACCCCACUGCUGCUGACUGGGCAGGGCCCUGGGCCCCUUUAUUUGCACGUCAGGGGAGCCGGCUCCCCCCUUGAAUGUACCAGACCCUGGGGGGGUGUCACUGGGCCCUAGGUUUUAGGGGGGUCACCAGCCACUCCAGGGGCAGGGACCAUUUCCUCAUUUUCUGAAAGCACUUUAAUGAUUCCCCUCCUCCCAAACCCCAGGGAAUGGAAGGGGGACCCCGCCAGCCAAAACAUUUCUCCCUUUCCAACCCUCAUCUCUUCUAGCCUCUGUCCUCUCCUGGUGGAGGGAGGGAGCAUGGAGCUCUGGCCCUCUGCACCCCCUUGCUUGCAUCUGUAUAUAGUGUGAGCAGCAAGUAGCCCUGUUCCCUCCCUGCCCCUCCCCCUCCUCAAUGUAGUGGCCUUGGAUAUCCCGUUUGUUAAUAAAGACUAUUCAACCAGC